AUGUUAAGAAUAUAUAAUUGGUUGGCAAGAUGCAGUUUAUCGCCAUAUCACUUCGCAUUGAGAUUUUACUCUAAAAAUCAGUGGCUUUUUAAUGAAUGUGACUUGUCUGAAAUGUAUGUACUUGGAAGUGGUCCAGGUGGUCAGUCAAUUAACACGACUGCCAAUUGUGUGGUCUUAAAACACAUUCCAACAGGUAUCAUGGUGAAGUGUCAGGAUAGUAGAGAGCUGGAAAGAAAUCGUGAAUUAGCGCGUCAAAGAUUAAAUGAUAAAUUAGAUGUACACUUUAAUGGGGAAAAUAGCCGAAUUCAACAACUUCGUCAUCGAGAAAAGUCGAAAGAACAUCAACUUUAUCUACGGUCUAA